AUGGAGAGUAACAAAGCACCUUCAUUCAGCCAUAGAACCCACGAUUAUGUGGUCAAUGAAUAUGAAACCAAAGACUUCGUUGCGGGGAGAACUCGUUCAAGUGAGGGACUAUGGCGCAAAGUUCACACGAAGGGCUUCGACGCUAUCAUUUGGGAAUUUAACCCUAGAACAAUACAGAGGCCAUACCCUUUCUACGCACCUUGUCCCACGGGUCCAGGUGCGAAACGGCUGCCGGCCUACAUCAGGAUCGAGGCCAAAAGCAAAGAGCAUCAAAGUCUAUUCCAAGACGAUCUUAAGAAAGACUUCUUUGUUUCGCUCUUUGCCCUCAUUGUCCUGGGGUCUCAGCAAGAUAUCAACUGGUCACGAGAGACUAAGGAAAUGGAGUCCGAGUCUGAACUAUCAGCGUGGCAAAAUUUGGAAGAAGAGUUCUUGAAACGCACAAACGAUUGGAAACCUAACUUUAUGGAGGGGUUUCCAAAAAUCCCUGUAAGAACUGAGACCGGCGAUAUUGAUACACUCCAACUGUCGAAAGAAUGGCAGGGCUGGCAUGACGUCCUUCCACAGAUGGGCAUUCUUGACACUACUUCAAAGCACGGAGGAAAACCCGUGCGACAUCUGAAUAUUUCUCUCAGAUCGCCAAUCCUUAUCAAGCCAUUGAAAGGCCGUCAUGAGGCCAUGAUAUCAAAAAGGUUCUCUAUGACUCCGGACAAGUUUUUCCAAGUUCUCAUCGACGCUAUCCACAAUACUUCGGAUCCAGACUCCCCGGGUCCCAUUCAUUAUCCAUGGAAGCUUCAGAUCCACCCAGAACAAAAACAGGAGGGCUACAUCAUGACUUCCCACGAUCCUUUCAACCUUUAUGAGACUUAUAUCCACCAGACGGACUGGAAUACAUACAUGGAAUCACUGGAGAAAACAGGAUCCCCAAUUCGGCCUAUUCCACGUGUCAAUCAGAAACUAUACGAUCUCUGCAACGGCAUUAUGCUUAAAGUUGGGGGCGCUGACAUCGCCCUCCAGGCAUCCAUGAAGAAAGAGAGCGGGAAGAGUCACGAUUCAGAGGAUGAAGACUUGAAGAGUCUCAAGGAAAAGUACCCAAAGAAAGUGCCUCGACCCUUCAACAACCUCAAGGCGAAAGCACGCGCCCUGGCUGAGAAGAAACGGGAGAAGAGGAAGAAGAGCGUUAAGGCUUUGAGCAAGGUAUAUGAAGUUGGGUGUGGGACAGCGAUUCUGUGGAAUGAUCUCGAUGUUGACAAGAUCCAACGGGCUGCUGGGAAACGGCCUGAUGAGGCGGGCCAGAAGGAGAUCAUGGGAGGUGUCUCAGCGACAGAGAUUGGUAGCGCCAUGGGCUGGGACAGCAAACGGCUGAAAUCUCGUGUUUUUCCUGCGGAGUGGCUUCAUCUUUCGGCUUUUUCCUGGGGAGGUAUCAGCAGUGAUGACGAUCCAGAAGGGUUCUCCACAAGCCAGAACUUCGAAAACUUGGUCUUUGGAACAUCCGAGACCAACUCUCUCAUGACGAGAUACGAAACGGCCUGGCAGAGAUUCUUCCUCGCUGAGUCUGAACUCGCUGGUUCUGGUGCAAAAAUCACUGGUACACUGGAUAUAUGCUGCAACGAUUAUAACAGCCCCAUACUCUGGGAUGUAUCCCCGGGCUCCGGGCAAUUCAGAACUGGAGUCCUGAGAUUCACAAAGGAAGACCUGGAAGCCAUGAAGAAAAACGGGUUCAACUCGAACAAAUACCUCUCUAUAAAGGAAAAGAAACUAACAGACAGCUAUAUCAAGGAGCAGAUGCUCGUGCUUGCCCACGACUUCCCCUUCAUUGUGUAUUCGAUCCAGUACGAUCUACAGGCUGACUUUCACUCGCGAAUCUUUGCCCUGGACAAUAUGGAGUGUUCUGUGCCGUUUUUCCCUUUCCGUAGACCUUUCUAUCAUCGCUCUGAGGCGCUUUUGGAUGAUCUGGUUUUCAAGGAGUUGUAUGGAAAGGCAAAGGCAGAGUCGGAGGUCUUGAGGUCUAAUCUGUGA